UUUCAUAUAUUUUUGGGCAAACCAGCCAUAACUCAGUCCUGCAUUUCAGUUGUUAUUCUUCCUGAGAUUUCAUUCCCCUUCCUGAUUUGCAGUUGGUUGGAUCUUCAUCUUCUUCCUUCGUCUCCUGAAUCCCUAAUAAUCAUUUCAGUGUCUCUGCAUUUCUCUUUAGAUGAAAGAGACUAGAGAUGGAAUGAAGGCUGACAGGUUGUCAAAGUCUGACUCUUAUCCACUUGUUCUGAACAUUGAUAACUUUAAGGGGGAGUUUUCAUUUGAUGCAUUAUUUGGAAACUUAGUGAAUGGGCUAUUGCCUGAUGAAGAAAAAGAUUCAUCUGAAGGGCAUGGCAUUGUUUCUGGAAGAAAGGCAGUUCAAGGGCAGUUAAAUCCCCUGUUCCCGGAAGUUGAUGCUUUACUAGAUUUAUUUAAGAAUUCUUGUACGCAAUUGAUUGAUCUCAGAAAGAAGAUUGAUGGGAAGCUUAACAAUCUCAAGAAAGAAGUUUCUGUUCAAGACUCAAAGCACAAGAAAACGCUUUCAGAGCUAGAGAAAGGUGUAGAUGUCUUGUUUGAUAGCUUUGCACGUUUGGAUUCUCGUAUAUCUAGUGUGGGUCAAACUGCAGCCAAAAUUGGAGAUCAUCUACAGAGUGCAGAUACACAGCGAGAAAAUGCUAGUCAAACUAUAGACCUUGUAAAGUACUUGAUGGAGUUUAAUGGUAGUCCUGGAGAUUUGAUGGAACUCUCUCCUUUAUUCUCUGAUGAUAGUCGUGUUGCUGAGGCUGCUUCAAUUGCACAGAAAUUGAGAUCAUUUGCUGAGGAAGAUAUUGGUGGACAAGGUAUGGCUGCCUCAUCAGUGGCUGGGAAUGCAACAGCAAGUAGAGGAUUGGAAGUUGCUGUUGCUAACCUCCAAGAAUACUGCAAUGAGUUGGAAAACAGAUUGUUAUCCCGUUUUGAUGCAGCAUCUCAACGACGGGAGUUGUCUACAAUGGCAGAAUGUGCUAAAAUUUUGUCAAAGUUUAACAGGGGUACUAGUGCCAUGCAACACUAUGUUGGAUUGCGUCCAAUGUUUGAUUUGGCAGUCAUGAAUGCAGAUGCCAAACAAGUUUUUGGUGAUCAGGAAUCCCAACCUAACCCUACCAAUGUUGCCCAGGGUCUUUCUUCAGUGUACAAGCAAAUUACAGACACUGUGAGAAGAGAAGCAGCCACUAUAACGGCAGUAUUUCCUUCACCAAAUGAUGUCAUGUCAAUAUUGGUCCAGCGGGUUUUAGAAGAUCGAGUUCCAAAUCUUCUAGAGAAACUCUUAAUGAAGCCAUCCCUUGUUAAUCCACCUUCCAUAGAGGAAGGUGGACUUGUACUGUAUCUCAUGUUAUUGGCUGUGGCAUAUGAGAAGACACAGGAGCUUGCUAGAGAUUUGCAUGGGGUUGGGUGUGGCGACCUGGAUGUUGAAGGCCUAACAGAAUCUCUGUUCCUCCCACACAAGGAUGUUUAUAUCGAGUAUGAACAGGCAUCUCUCAGACAACUUUACAAAGCUAAGAUGGAGGAGCGGCACGCUGAAGGCCAGCAAUCUUCUGAGUCAUCUGGGACAAUUGGACGCUCUAAGGGUGCUUCAAUGACAUCCUCCCACCAGCAAAUAUCCGUUACUGUGGUGACAGAGUUUGUGCGAUGGAAUGAAGAAGCAAUAUCUAGGUGCACUGUGUUUUCAUCACAGCCUUUAGCACUUGCUGCCUAUGUUAGAGCUGUUUUCACCUGCCUUUUGGACCAAGUUAGUAUAUACAUUACUGAAGGCCUUGAGAGAGCCAGGAACAGCCUAACUGAAGCUGCAGCUUUAAGGGAAAGAUAUGUUAUAGCAAGUAGCGUUAGUAGAAGAGGUACUUCUAAUGCAGAAUCUGCUGCUGCUGCUGGUGAAAGCAGUUUCAGAACUUUCAUGGUGGCUGUUCAAUGUUGUGGAAGCAGUGUGGCUAUUGUGCAACAAUACUUUGCCAACUCAAUAUCUCGUCUUUUAUUACCCAUUGAUGGUGCCCAUGCUGCUGCCUGUGAAGAAAUGGCAUCGGCUUUGUCUAGAGCAGAGAGUUGUGCUUAUAAGGGGCUUCAACAAUGCAUUGAAACUGUUAUGGCUGAGGUGGAACGUUUGCUAUCAACGGAACAGAAGGCUACAGAUUAUAGGUCAGCUGAUGAUUGCAUUAUCCCAGAUCAUCGGCCAACCAUUGCCUGUGCAAGAGUUGUUGCUUACUCAUCCCGAGUACUUGAAUCUGCAUUUACUGCACUAGAUGGGCUAAAUAAACAAGCAUUUCUUACUGAAGUGGGGAAUCGUCUCCAUAAAGGGUUGCUUAAUCACUGGCAGAAGUUUACUUUUAAUCCUAGUGGAGGGUUGCGCAUGAAACGUGAUAUAACAGAGUAUGGGGAGUAUGUGCGUGGGUUCAAUACUCCUCCAGUGGAUGAGAAAUUUGAAAUGCUGGGCAUCAUGGCAAAUGUGUUUAUUGUUGCUCCUGAAAGCCUGUCCUCUCUAGUUGAGGGAACCCCAAGUAUCAGGAAGGACGCACAGAAGUUUAUUCAGCUUCGAGAUGACUACAAGAGUGAAAAGCUUGCCUCCAAACUCGCCUCCUUGUUUGCCUAAGACUACUCACAACUCAAACUGUCGCCAUUAUGUCAUAGCUGACUAUAUUAUUAUCUCCAUAACUGUCACUGUGUAGUUAAGUUAGGCAACACAAUUCUGAUAUCAUCCCACACAAGUGGUGGUUUGUUGGAAAGUAAUUAUUUUUUUUACCUCU